AUGGUGUACUUCGGGAGGGCCCGCAACCAUCCGAAAGUAGUAGCUCGUGGUUACGAGUACAUGUUGCACUACAAGGAUCAGGACAAAGCUAGAUGGCGCUGCAAAAAUAUCAGCAAGACGAAAUGCAAAAGCCGCCUGCACACCAUAGGAAGACAUAUCAAAGUACUGCAUAUGCAUAACCAUGAAGGACCGAUUAUAAAUUACGAGAACCUAGUACCUACGAUGAUGAUUCUGCUUAAAACCGAUGCUGAUUGA